GGCACGGCACAGCGGCGGCUGUGCUCGCUGGUCCGCGCGGCGGCUGCAGCGGCUGCAUCAACAGUGCGCAUGCGCCGGGAAGCUGCAGCGCUGUACACGCGCAUGCAUGGGAGCACGUGACCCGGCUCCAAUGCAGCGGCGGUGGCGCGCGUGCGCGUCCCCGUUGCUUUCGCGCGUUGGCGGCGGCUGCGGCGGCGCGGGCACAGGUGGGUCUGACGGGGGCGCGCACCGGGAGCAGCGGGCACCCGCCUGGGCGCGACUCGACUCACGCGGCCCGGGCGAAGCGAGCGAGUCCUACAGGAAGGUAUGAAGGAGAGUGUGACUGCAGAUAUUAAGAAUUUCUUGGAGGGGAAGAAACCAAACACAAAAAUCACUGCUGUUUGAUACAUGUUCUUGGGUGUUGUGGAUUACUCCAUUGCCGUCUCACUAUACCGACAUGGGAUAAUUACAGUCAGAAAGAUGGUUUCUGUUCCAGCUUGCCUGGAAACGAAAGUGAGAAAGAAGAUAGUACGCGGAUUAUCACAGUUUGUUUUGAUUUGAAAAGAGAAUUACUUAAGAAUUUACUGCUGUCACUCAGAAAGCCCCACCGAAACCCCAAGGGAGUUCAUAAAUUUCUGAACACUUGUAUCAAAAUUGCUAUGGAGGAUUUCAACUGACAACUGCUUUUUAUGAACCACUACUUAAAAGGGCUAAGAUGGAUAGCACAGAGGAACCUCAGAAAAAAGUCUUUAAAGCACGAAAAACAAUGAGAGUAAGUGAUCGGCAACAACUUGAAGCUGUCUAUAAGGUUAAAGAGGAGCUGCUGAAGACAACUGAAGUGAAACUGUUAAAUGGAAAACAUGAGAAUGGAGACUCUGAUAUAAAUCCCCUUUUAAGCAAUACAGAUUGUACGGAAGUCAAGAAAGAAAUUAAUGGCGUGGUUGACUUGGGUGUUAACUCUGAAGAGGGAAGAACAGCUUGUGAUGAAAUUAGUGAGACCAAAAGACCUGAAAGUGGGGCAGGAAACACAGUCAAUGACAUAGAAUCUAAACCUCUAGUGCUGUCUUCAGAAAAUGUUACUCCUGAACAAGCUAAAGAUACUGACAUUGCAGUAUCUUUCAGUGAGGCUGAAAAUGGAGUUGGUAGCAGUAAAGAUAACUUGCAUGAAGAAAAUGACAGAAAAGAUCAUUUGGACCAAAGAAAGAAUGAUAUCCCAUUGGAAGGUGAAAGUAAACCAGUCUGUGGUAUUAGUGACUCUUCCGAAGAGAAGGGAGAAACAAAUUAUUUACCUGUUAACUCCAGUUCAUCUGGUGAGGAAAAGAGGACUGAAGUAACUGUUGAAGAGGUUGUUGGAGAAGCAGCCAUCUCUAGCAGUAUGGAAGUUGACCAGGAAAAACAGGAAGGCAGUGCAGGACCUGCAGAAACCACUGUUUCAAAAACAGCAGAUGAGCCAAGUGAAAGUAUCUUGGACAAUACGGACUGUAUGGAAACAGAUGACAUUAUUCCAAUUCUGGAAAAACUAGCCCCUGCUGAAGAUGAUCUGAGCUGUUUUUCUAAAAGUUCUCUUCUACCAGUGGAUGACACAGUCCCAGAUUUAGAAGAGAAAAUAGACAAUUGUUUGGGUUCACCAUCUAAGCAGGAAAGCAAUGAAAGUCUGCCAAAAGAGGCUUUCUUAGUGCUGUCUGAUGAAGACGAUCCCUGUGAUGAGAAGGAGGAACUUGUUGAAGGGAUAUUGCCAAACAAGUCAAGUCUUCCAGAAGAGGUGGAGGGGGAGAAAAAAAAGGAGUGUGAAGAUAAAGAAGUAGAAGAGACCCACAAAGAAGAAGAGAAACAAAUAGAGAAAAGAGUUCCUCAUGAGGAGUUGUAUGUAAUUGUUCCAGGUGAAGCAUCAAAGAGAAAACGUUCCAAAUCUGAGGACAUGGACAAUAUUCAUUCUAAACAUCGUCGGUACAUGGGAGAAGAUUAUGAAGCAGAGCUCCAAGUCAAAAUUACAGCCAGAAAGGAUGUUGACCUAAAAUUACAAAAGAUUAUCCAGAGACUGUUAGAAGAAAAACUUACCACUUUACAGUGUGUGGUAUUUGACAAGACUCUGGCAGACUUGAAAAACCGAAUGGAGAAAGUAGAAUGCAACAAGAGGCAUAAAACUGUGCUUACUGAAAUGCAGGCUAAAAUUGCAAGAUUGACAAAGCGGGUUGGAGCUGCCAAGGAGGACUUGAAGAAGAGACAGGAAAAUGUGGCAAAUGCACCUGUAUCUCCAGGGAAAGCAGCACCCGACACUGCACAUGUAAACAAUGCCACACAUCGAAACGCUGGCACAGUAAGGCAGAUGCUGGAGUCAAAGAGGAAUGUAGGAGAGAGCACACCAGCAACUUUUCAAGCCCCUGUAAAUCCAGUGCCUGCUUCCAGUCUUGCUGCUUCUCCAGCAGUUGUCAGUGGACAUCCUAAGCUUCAGACUCCAGUGUCCUCCACCAGCUCUUUGACAACAGCAGUGCUUCCCACAGCUAACACAGCUACAGUUGUAGGCACUAACCCAGUGCCCACUGGCAGCACUCAGUCAGUGUCAGUCUCAUUGCAGUCUUUGCCUGUAAUCCUGCAUGUACCUGUGGCAGUGUCGUCCCAGACUCAGCUUCUGCAAGGCCACACAGGGACUUUGGUCUCUAACCAGCCGUCAGGCAACGUUGAAUUUAUAUCUGUACAAAACUCCUCUACAGUUGGUAGCCUUACCAAAACGACAGUGUCUUUGGCAUCAACUAACACAACUAAACCAAAUAACAUCCCACUUGUGCCCAGUCCUGGUAUUCUAAGGAACUCUACAGCCAGUGCUGGGUCAAUAGGCACAACGUUGGCAGUACAGGCUGUUCCUACUACACAUCCUGUUGCCCAGACCACAAGGACUUCUUUGCCCGCAGUGGGUACUCCAGGACUUUAUAAUGCGACUGCCAGUCGAGCGCCCCUACAGAUGAAGCUUCCUCUCCCUGCGUUUAGUAGUACAGCUCCUACUGAACCACCCACCAUUGCACCACCCAAGAUUGAAAACCAGACAAGCAGGCCACCAACAGAUACUUCGGCAAACAAGCGACCUGCUGAGGGAAAAACACAGCAGUUGAAACAGGAAGAGACUCCAUCAGAAAAUAAAGAAGCAGUAGAAGCAGCACAGAUGAAUUUUAACUUCCCUGAGGAUGUCCUCUUUGGCUUGGAGGAAGAGGAAGAGGAUGCUAAGAGCAUCAAAAACACCCACAAACAGACUGGCUGGGCAGCUAACCUAUUAAAACAGUGGCUGGCCAAAAAUGGCAAGGAUCCCAGCUUUGAAUUGGUCCCAGUAAGUGAACUCAAUGAUAUCUUAAGAGAGUUUUAUUACACAAUAAGAAAUCACGAUGGAAAUACCUACAGUGUGGCAAGCUACAAGUCAAUGCGCGCUGGCUUAAACCGGCAUCUCAAAAUGCCUCCUUAUAAUCGUCAGAUUUGCUUAAUGAAGGACAAAGAGUUUGCCAGUGCAAACAUGGUGUUUGUGAGCGUGCUGAAGAUGCUGCGCAUGCAGGGGAAGGAUGAGACUCACCACCAUCCUCCUAUAGCUGCCGAGGACUUGCGUAAGAUUAAGCAAUCUGGUGUGCUGGGUUUGCACAGUCCCCUGGCACUCGUCAACAAGGUGUGGUUUGAUUUGCAAUUGCAUUUUGCCAAGCGAGGGAGGGAAAUUCUAAGAGAUCUGGCUCCAGAUGCAUUUGUGGUUGAGAAGGACAAGAACGGGCGUCGAUAUGCUAUGUUUAGAUAUCCUGGCAAAGGCAAAAAUGGAGAAGAUCCUCAUAAAAUGGGUAAAAUGUAUGAUAUGCCUGGGGACCCAAACUGUCCUGUAUUUUCCUUGGAACUUUAUUUGUCCAAGUUGCCUCCAGAGCCCCCUGCCUUUUACCUGCACCCUCUAAAGCUAACAUCAGAGCAAAUGCAAGAACAGCCUGUCUGGUACAAAAGAGAACCAAUGGGUGUGAACUACCUGGGUACCAUGAUGCCCAGGAUAAGUGUGGCAGCCAGGCUCUCUCAGCGGUACACCAAUCAUUCUCUCCGGACUACCACCAUCCAGCUACUCUGUGAAGCAGGACUGGGGCCUAGGGAAAUAAUGGCAGUGACAGGCCAUCGCUCCGAGUCUGCUAUUAGGCACUACUGGGGAUCUGCAGAGGUUCGCUACAGGGCCUGGUCAGAUAUAAUGGAAAACAAUGGCCCCGGUUAUCGAUAUAGCAAGAUCCCAAAUGAAGUGAUAAAAGAAUCAGUAUCUGGUGCAUCCACCUCCUCUGUAAAACGUACUGUUCUAGAACAAAACAAAAUUUUAUUCCCUGCAAAAUCUGUGGUGCCACCUGGCACUAACUCUGUGGCUUUAGUCCCUGAGGGACACCCAGGUCUGAAUUACAAAAGCCCGGUCCUAUUGAACCGCAGUUCGUCCAAGGUGUUUCUCUCCAAGAGCAUGACCAGUGGGAACCUAACGGCUGGUCCCCUUCAAGGCUGUUGUAGCAAACCUGUCUUUAUAAAGCGUGUGAUAAAACAAGAACCUAUGACUUGAUGCUUCUGUAAUAGAACUGAUUUCAGAUUAAUUGCUAAAAUGGAAAAAUUAUCAGAUUUGGUUUUUUAUUUGGUCUAUGAAGGAAAUUCUUUAUGGUCUAAUUCAGCAAGAAGUAUCCUGUUUGCACUCAAGAUGUCAGCUAUGGAGCAGAAAUUUAAACUGAGGAAGGCUUGGAGUUUCUAUGACUUUUUGUGGCAGCUGGGACUCUUCCAAGUGGCUGAGCAGAGUUAUUUAAAAUCAUUAAAGGGAGAUAUUGAUUUCCACUUAGCUGAAGAUGUGCUUUCUUCCCUAAGAAUGUGGCUUUUAUAUUUUGUGAAGAGUGUUAUUUAUCAUAUCAUUUUGUGACUGCUGGCACUAAUGUAGCAUCUUACAAAUCAAAUACUUGAUUACUGAAGAGCACCAAGAAAGUAGGAGCUGAAUGAAAUAGUCACAGAUGCACUACAAAUAUAUACAUACGCAUGAAAACACCUGGAAUUACUUAACCACUGUCACCCUCUGUUCAAAUUCUUAUCAGACCUACCAGAGGACUGUGCCUUUGUUUCCUUUUUUUUUUUUUAACCUUCUAAAUUGAUUUUCUCAGUGAGCUGCAGAUUUGCAUUGGAGGUCUUUCCUAUUUAAUAUUUUUGGCUUAAGAUUACAGUCAUUCUGUUCUCUGAGGGCACUAUUGAUACAUGUGGUAUUAAAAUUGGGAUCUCUUUGGUUGUGCAUGAAAUGGGGAAAACAUUCUCAAAAGAGCUGAAAACAAUUUCUUGCUUAAAUGCCAGGUAAUUAGUGUUUGUGUUGUCUCUGUGCCUAACUUGUGAGAGGGUUGUUUUUUAAUUUCCUCUCACCAACCCCCUUCAUUACAUGUCACAUAAUCUUUGCACUCUAGUCUUUAUAAUAGUAUAUAUAAUAUAUAUAAUUCAAUAAGAAGUACAUCUUGUUCUUCCCCACUGAACCCUGUCCAAAUAUUUUUGGUUUUAACUUCUUCAGGUCAGUAAACUGAUCCUGUCAUUAUCUUUUCCCUAGAUUUUUACAGAUUAGAAAUUCUCAGCAUAGUGGAUGUUAAUCAUUUUAAUCAUAGAUUCUGACAAGAGAUCUUCCAGUAAAUAAAAAUAGGAAACUGGUUAUAGAAUGACACGGUUAUGGUUGGUCCACUUUGGAAGAAGAAACAGUGUAGCAUUUAAAACUGUUUUCCAUAAAUUAACAAUGAAAUAGAAAUUUGUUUGUCCUUUUCAAAUGUCCUUACACAGAUGUACUUCACAUAGUUUAUCAUACUAAGGACUUCACUUGAAGUGUUGAUGUUGCUCAGCAAUGGACAAAAUAAGGAAAAGUCCCAACUGAAAUGACAAAUUUACCAUGAUAAACUCUUAAUUCUGCAGAGAACUUCCCUGCUGGGAUAAGCUUUCAAAUUUUGAAUGAGAUUUAUCACUCUGCUAUAGUGUUUACUCAGUAUAGACACUGCUAUAGCCUGUACAGAGGCCUUGAUGCCUGAUGUUGGAGUUUUUAUCUUGGCUGAUAAUAUUUACCUUUGUGACCUUGUGUCAGUUAUUCAUACUUACUGCAUCAAUUUUCCAAAGUGUAAGACCAAUGCAGUGCUCUGUUUUCUAAUGGAUCAUGAUAAAGGUUAAAAGGUUUUAAAAAAGUUCUUUAGUGAUCUUAUACUCAUCUGUGGUUGAGAUAGUUGAUCAGAUGUAAUUGUUAUUAUAGAAAUUACUUCUACACAGUCCUGCUUCCUUAGUAGGAGCAUUAAUUCAUGACAUAAAUGACUAGAGGAAAGAAAGCACGGGUCAUCUUGUCAAGCCUAAAGUAAAUCAAUUAGAGAUGGUCAAGAAAUGAUCCUUUCUAAUGACAAGAAAAAAAAGUGAAAAACAAAGGGCAAACAGUUCUCAAAAUAUAGGAGAACUGUGCAGUAAUUUAUUCCAGGAUAUUUUAGGUUAACAUAGAUUGCAAAAUUUUAGGGAUUCGUAGAAUUAAUAACCCAGCAAAACUAGCAAAAUUAAUCUCUAAUCUAAACUUCCACCAGGAUGGGUAUGUAUUAUUGUCCUCCCCCAGAAAAAAGUUCCCAUCUUUGUCUCAGGUAGUUGCUUCUUCCAGUAUAUUGGCACUGAACAUUUCUCCUCCAGCAACAAGUAAAGUGUGUUGCCAGAUGACUCUGUGUUCCCUCUUGUUGCAUACUCUGGUCAUACUGACCACACACCCUGCUCUGGUUCUAACUGCAUCUGGGUGAAUUGGGGCAACAGCAAAUUGCUGAUGGCUUCAUUCUUCAACACAAAUCUAGUUGGUGAUUAAAAGAGAAAAAGGGACUCUCCAGGCCAUUCUUGGCAUGUCUCUCAUUCUUUUUGAUUAUCAUUUGGCUUCUAACUUGACUUCCAUUUUGUUGGCUUAUAAUUGGGUUUUUUUGGAUUCUCAUUUGUUAAAUUGUAAUUCUGUUGGCACCAGUUAUACAGUGCCCUCUUACUACCUUCAGUUUGAACCUGAUAUUUCAAAGCUACUGACUGCAGUAUUACUACCAAAAAAUCCUGCAGUAUUACUACUACAAAAAUCCUUCUGGAUUUUUGUAUGGGAGAAUUUUUUUUUUUUUUUUUUUUUGGUUUUUAAUAAGAAAGUAUUCCUCAUUUGGGCUGAAAGUAUCGUUGCUUCACGAGACCUGACAUCAUUAUUUACUAAGUUUUCUGGUAAACUUUGAUUUCUAAUUAGUAGAACAUCUUUCUAACUUUCCAGAACUGAAAAAAUCUUUCUCCUGUUUCCCCUCCCACCUAAAGUGUUAAAUAUCUCUUUCCUACAUGUAUUUUAUUUCUGGAAGAAAUGAACCAAAUGCAUAUUUUCCAGCUUUUGUAAAGUCAAUUUUGGCUGUGAGUACAGUGAUACAGGGAGCAGGGAGUCAAGUCAGUGCUGUUCAUGGCAGUACAGCUUAUGUAUGCUCUGUGAACAUAAUGAAUUCUAUCAAAAUGGACAUGAAUUGUACUCUUCAGUUGCAGUAUCAGCAGAGAACCUCAAAAUAGCAAGAUAAGAUAACAGUUUUUGGGUCUUUUCCCAUUAUUUUUCUGCUAUAAGUGAACCUGUUUGGUGAACCAUCAGGUUAAAUAUAGUUUGUUGUCUAAAUUUAGAUUUAGACAAAUCUAAAUUUAGACAACAAAUUUAAAUGCAAAUUUAAUGCAAAAUCACCAAUAAUCACUUAAAAUUAAUUUUAAAACUCUGAAUAUAAGAAAUAUUCUUUGAAAGAAGUUUAUCUCCCAUGAUUCUUGAGUUUUCUAAUUAGAUCUUCUCCGAAAAUAAGACUUUCAUUUCGGUUGCAGAAAAAUCCCUAAAAAGCAAAACCAACCAACCAACCAAAAGCCCCUAACCAAAAAAAAUCCCAAAAAACAAACAAAGAAAACCACAAAAACCCGAAAUAACAACAACAAUAAAACCCCCCAGCACUUAGUCCAAGUCAACUAGAUUAAUAGUGACUGCUAUGUUAUUGAUUACAUUCCAUUUUCUUUGAUGGAGAUGAUCCUGAAAACAGUGGAGAAUAACUGGUUCCUUAUAUCAUGCUUCCAUAAAUUUAGUUUUGCAUCUCAUUGUCAUAAUUCACCUUUGUACUAUUGUUGUGAAUAUAGGACUUGUUUUCCCUGUGCUUUCCUGUUAAGUUUGGAAAUCUCAGCUGUUACUUUAAGGGGUACUCUAAUUACUUCUUGUUUAUAUGAAGUUGGCAUGGUAUCUUAAAGUAUGUUACAUUUUCUUUGCUUCUCUGCACCUUCUCUGUACCAUGUGAAGUGCUCCACUGUGCAGUGUUGAAUACCUGAAGGCAUUGGAAGGAUGCUUUGAAAUGGAAUUUGUUCUUGGGUUUGUUGUGGUUUUAGUCUAGUACCUCUGGUUAUCCUGAAGUGAACUUUUUCUCUCAGUAGUUGAUAAAGUUGUCCAUAAGCAGCUUGGAUGUAUGGUUUUGCUGUAUGACUGUUUUCUUCUUUUCAGCCUUUCUCUCUGCUUCUUGCUCCAAAAGGAGUGGCUGCAGGGAUGUGGAAGGGGACAUCUUACUACUUGUAUCAGUCUUUCAUCUUCAGCUUUUUCCUGUGUACACAGAAAUUUAAGGGUUGUUAUUUGGUCCCAGUCAGUUUAUCCAUGGCCAUUCCAGUGCCUCAGGUCCUUGAGUUGCAUUUCUGGAGACAUGACAAACACUUUUACUGCAUUGGGGCAAAUGUUAUUGUUACAGAGGCCGAGGCAUUUUUAAUUAUAUAGCAAAUCUUUAGAAUGGUUUUAAAGUAUUUCAGUACAAAUCCCGGUUAUAGAUACAGGAUUUUUAUAUAUUAUAUAUAAUAUAUAAAUAUAGCUAUGGUAUACUGAGAGAAUCUAUGAAAGCAGUUUUAUUACACUGUAACAUAAAGUAACAGUGAGCAAAUCUUAACAGGAUUUGAUGUGUUGAAAAUGUCUGGCAUAAGUCAAUCUUCAAGAAUUGUUUGCAUUAUAUUUAUUAAAUUACCAGGUCAGGUGAAUAGUCUUUUUUUUCCUGUUCCUACUUUGUGUGCAAUUUAUCUUCUUGAGGAGUAAAUCUGUUUUUAGUCUAAAUUUCAUCUGUGCAUUUCAGUUUACAGCUACUAUUAGUUUAUUAAAUAAAAGUCCACUGGUGUCCUACCCAUUUCCAAUUGUUUCUGACACACCUUGAUGUCUUUGGUUGAACUACAGUUUAAUUUAAGCUAUUUUGCUGACUAUUGGAAAUUGAUCUCGUAAAACAUUAAUAAAGUAUAUUUAUAACUCCUAUCACAUUACUCUGCAAUGUGUAACAAACUUUGUGAGUGUCUCCUAGGAAAUAAUGUGAGCAAAGUGAGUAUGUCAGCGUACAAUUUAUAAGCAGCUAUUAAUACUAUGUUGUUGAAGCAUUAUUGAUGAAUAUGUUUCCUUGCAUUUCAUGGUUUUAUCACUCAAAAUAAACAUAUAUAGUUAUGUAUGUAAAAUGGGCUGCUUGACUUUUGUCUCUGACCAUGGGGUUAUGUUCGGGCUGCUUAAAAUGCCACUAGCUCUUAUUUGUGAGGUGGAACCUUUGCCUGAGACUAAUAAGAAAACUAAAUUGUUAAAGUUGUUAGCAGGACAUCAUGUGGCUGAAUUGGAUGGCUGUUUUAAGGAACACAGAGUGAAUCCUUGCUCAUGUGACUUUUAAAGUGAUUGUCUUUCCCUGCGACUGUGUCUGUGUUACUUAAACUACCCCAACUACUGAGAGCAGUUUUUAAUGAGUAAAUAUACUUGUAUAUUGUAGGCUCAGAUUUGUCAUUUGAGGCCAAAGAAUUUGGGGGAGAUUGUUUUAAUAUAUCCAUGCCAUUGCUCCAGGCAUGGAUAAUAGCUUUUAAAAGCUGCAGAAAACUAAUCUGAAAAGUAUUAUAAAAAUAUUUACUGUUCAGUAAGGUGGCCAAUAUCUGCUCUUUGCGCCAAAGAAAUGAGAGGGUCUAUAAUACAUAGGGGUUACUAGAACUGAUUAUUCAUUUUUUCCAUGCUUGCAUUGUUCUUGUUUGGUAGGAAGUGUAGCACAGUACCAGUUAAGGGUAAGGGGGAUGGAGCAAUUGUGUGAGUGCAAUACAUGAAGUGUCUGUUAACAGUAUUUUUGAGUAUUACACAAAUAUGCAACCACACACUAUCAAAACAUGUAUUGCAGCACUGUGAAAUUUUGUUUGUGUGAACUUUGAUCUUGGUAAACUGCUUCCUUUAAUACAUUAUCAUUUUCCUUUUAUCUUGGUAAGAGAUGACAAAUAUGUUUGGUACCUGGUUGAGUAGAUUAUCAUGACAUCUUUGGACGGCUGGAAUAAUUACUUCAGUUUUGUGGGAGUUACUGCAUUGGAAAAAAUAACGGUUGAGAAGUGAUAAAUCUGACACUGAAACAGUCUGUGGCUGAAAUAUGCUCAAAAAUGUAUAAAAAAAGUAAUUUUCACAACUGCUUAAACUGUGCUUGAAGUCUGUAAUUUUGUAUACAGAUUACUCAAAAUGAAAUAUUGACCUUAUAAUUAUGCAUACAAACUCAGUAUUGCCACCCUCUCUACAUGCAUUUCAUUCCCAAGACAUAUUUUUAACAUCACUCCCCAUAAUUUAAGAUUGAUUUUGCUAUUAUAUAACGCCUUGGUGCGUCAUCUAUUAUUGUGGUGGUGUGAUGCUUCAUUAAUUGUCUGGUUUACAACCUCCAGAUUUUUUUCUAGUUUGUUAUAGUAGAAACUAUUAAUAAAAUUGUCUGCAUUGUGUCAAUGUGCCACACAUAAUCUUCAGAAUUUCAGUCUUUACUACCCUGAAACUAAUUUUUUACUUUGCAAUGUAUUCUUUUGUUGUUGCAUUUUUUCCCCUUAAUUUUUCACUCUUACAUACUGAAAUGUUCCUUUAUGAAAAGCAGGUGGCAUUACAAUCAAUAAUGUGAUGAACUGAACUGUGGCGUUAUAUAAUACCAAAACUUUUAGAAUCAUUUAUAUCAUAUGUGAAUAGAGAAGUGCAUAUUCAGAACUUUCUUCAAAAUACCAAGUUGUAACUUUUGGUUUUUCAUUUGGUACAAUACCAUGUGCAUGUUGUUGAGUUGUUCCAUUUGAGCUUUAGAAGUUUCUUUCCUAGUUUUCUACAGUAGUUUGCCAUUGGCCUAUAUGUGCUUUGGUGUUGUAACUUUUUCUGUGGUAAAUUUCCCAAUUGCAGUUAUAGUGGGAGAUAACUUCUUUUCUCAAUAUCAUGUCUACCAAUAUGUGCUUUGGUCCUUAAAUUGUCUCCUUCCUUGCCUGUGUUUUCCUUGUGAUAUCAGAAUAGAAAAAAAUCAUGGGGAUGGGUGUCUGUAAAAAUGCUUUCUCUUUCUUUUCAAAAUUGCAAAUAAAUCAACCUAAUUUGCAGCAGUAAUGAUCUGAAAAAGUUGCUGGAUAGCAAAGCUAAGGUAAUAUGCUUUCUCCUACUCCAUGGUAUUUUACAACACUGUAAAAUGCUCUCUGCAAGUAGAAAAACACAUAAUGCUACUAGGCUGUCUGAAUGUCCCUGCUUUUCUAGAGGCAGAUGAGGAAACUGCUUCAGAAUCACUUGAAGAGACAGGGGCUCUUCAAGCCUUGCAGUAAAUGAAGGGCUGCCAGAGAUAGCCCUUCAUUUAUUGCAAGGCUGAUGCCCUUCUGAUUUGCCUUUGUUAAUAUAUUGUUUUCUUGUGUGUGGAUUAAUUAUUUGACAUUGCAGUCAAUGACAUAUGGGAUAUUAUGACAGUCUUCCAAUAGCAGGGAAAAACUUCCUAAUUAUAAAACAUUUGCAUUGGUUUUAUUGCCAAUCUUAAUUGGAACGUCAAGUUCAGGUGACCCUGUAUUUACCCAUUUUUGACAGGUUCCAUGAUUUUUAUCUUACCUCUAAGAACCCCUUUUCUGUUAUACUUACUGUUUAAAUUUCUUUAAUAUCCAUAUGCUAUCCACUGGUUUUAGAAAGUCAAUAUAUAAUUACUUUCUUUUUCAAGGAAACUGUAUCAUUGCUGCUUUUUCCUAGCAAUUAUCCCCACAAGUAUAUCUUAUUUGUCAGUCCAUUUAUUUCUCAGUACUUUCUUCCAUUCUUAAAGAGACUUAAGUGGCUGGGAUUGGAAGAAAGCAAUUAUGUUGUCUAUGCACACACAGUAGAAAAUGCAAGAAAUUGUGAGUAUAGGUAAUUUUUACUGAUUCUUUUUAGAAAACCCUGAAUUGAAGUGUAAUUACUAAAAUAUGAAUAGAGCCUUUGUGUAAUUAAAUAAAAUUUUGUUCCUAGUAGUUUUCAUGGUCAAGAAAAUAUGAAAAUGUUAGUUUUAAGUGAAAGCUUUGCAAUUAGUAGAACACUUAGAAGUACCAAUUUCUAAUAUGAAGUAGAAAAAAUGUACAAAUUUGAGUAGUUGCAUUCAUUUUAUGCAUACUUUUCAUUGUUUUCACUUCCAUAUGCACUAUAAAGCAGUUUUCAUGUAACUGAUAAAGAGAAAUUUAGAAGAGGUUAUGAUGUCUAUUUCCGGACUUGACAGGUUUCACUCAGAUACUUCAAAGAGAAGAGUGUUUACACUUUCAGUUCUGCCCUUUCUUGUAAGGUCUUUCAGCUGCUGCUUUCACAAGUUCUGUGCUUGCCAUUAAAAUACUUUUCCUUCACACUUGCCAAGUUGAUGCUUGCCUGGGGCAUCUGACACACAAACAGAUCAGAUCAUUUCAUGUUGGUAGUUGCAAUAGGCGUGGACAUGACUUUGCAGACUAAAGCAGCUGGGGCAGAGGGCCUGCAAUUUGACAAGCUUUUCUUUAAAGAACACACUUUUCAAAGCAGAUCAAGACUGUAAAUGCCAAGGGCCUCUCCUCAGUGGGCUGUUUCAGGGAAAAUACACAACACUGGGAAUAGCGAAGUAACUUUGCAGUACACUUGCCCCAUCUUCCGAUGUUUGUGGUGGUGCAGGCUCAGUUGCUGCAAGGCGUGUUAUUUUCUUUUCCCCUACCACCUUUCUUCUUCCUUCUGCUUCGUUUUUUCACCUUUGUUUCUGCUCUUAGUUGUACCUUGCGGUCCCCUCCCCCCACUUCACCUUGUGUUUUGCCUUUCAUCUCCAAGUUGUUAUGUGUUGUCUUGGGCUGGAGCUACAUGAGAUUUCAGUAUGAAAUGUUCAAUUACAGGACACAUUGCUUUUAUGCAAACAUUUUAAUUGCAAUUUGAAGUGCACCUACCAGCUGAAGACUAAACAUGUGGCCAUAUUAAAACUGGGAAGUCAGGAAAAGAUGAAGUCUUGUAUUUUUCUUACUUUCAUCCUAUUUUUUUUUUUACAUACGCAUUUAAAACUAUGGCAUUUCAGAGUGGGAUUUGUUAUGGUGGAUUUUUAAUUCCAUUUUUAAUUCACUUUUCUCAUUCCACUGUUGUGUGUUAAGACUGUUACACUGCUGACAGCCAUAUGAAAGGAGAGAUUCUUAAGCUAAGGCAGCUCAGAUACAGUUGUGAUUAACUGGAUGGUUCAGUCCAUGAUGUUGCUAUUUCCAGGCUAUGCAAGCUUUGCUCACCUGCUGAGAUAACACAAUAUUUUGGAGGAUUUCUACUUACUUGGAAUUUCAAGGCACACACAUUAAGAUACAUGAGCUGUGAAAGUAUGGGAAAGGGGGUUUGGUAGUUUACAUUUCUUUUAAAUCUCAAUGUAAACUUUUUUUGCUAGAUUACUAGAAAUUGCCCAGAUGCUGUGUUAAACAAUCAGUUUUAAGUGCAGCUUCUCUUUGGUCUGGAGACAGGUGCACUGAUUCUGACAAAGGAUGACAGGUUGGCUUGUAGGGUUGUGAUUUUGUUCCUUUGCUUGGGCUUGUUUGGCUUUGUGUUUGUUAUUUGUAACUGUGACAUUUUAAAUAUAUGUAGAUCACUUUAUGAUGCCGUGGUUGUUUUGUUUCUGUUUCAGCUUCUUUGUGUUCUAAGGUGUGUGAAUCCUUUGUUACUAAGACUUGCUGGGCAGUAUGUAAACCAAACCAUCAGGCAAGCAAAUGUUUGAGGUUCUCUUUAAUGGUUUUCAUUAUUUCACUGAUGUGGCUGCACUGAUAGAAAGGUGUUAAAAUGGCAUCAUCUGUUCUUCUGCAGAGAUCAGCUGAAGCAGUUUCAUGUUGUUGGCUUCCUGUGUGUCUGUGUGUGGAAGCAGAGAGCAGACCAGAAUGCUUUGACUAGACUUUUCUGCUUUACUAGUUUCUACCUAAAUGCUUGCUGAAAUCUAAUAUUAGGAGCUGAAAGACUUGUUCUCUUGUUUCAGUUUUUGACACAAAUGGAAGUGUUGUUCAUAUAUGACUGAAAGUCCAGUGCCAGGCUUCUUCUUGACUUCCUCUGGGCUGCAAGCAUUCUGAAGUUGUCUUCUAAUUUUUCUCAGAACAGCACAUCUGAAUCUCCAUUUUUUACGUGUAACAUGGCAGCCUUGUCCAAAGAAUGCAAUUCCUUCCUUUUCAUGGAAGAAAAGAGCAGUUGUUUCUCUGUAGUUUUUCCUCAGACAUAGUUCUGUUGUAAAGUGGAGUUUUCACAAGUCCUUGUACUACAAAAAAUUUCCCUGAGAGAAUUUCUGGGUGAAAUAGUCAUGAUACUAAAAAAGGGUGGUUUUAUUUUGUUGUUUGGUUGGCCACAGGGUUUUCUGAAAACUCCUUAUUGCUUGCAUUUCACAGAGAUGAUGCCCUGUGGUUAAAUAGGGUUUAAAACCUGUAGGUUUUAACCAUUUUGGUGGAGUCAGUACUCCAGAAGCAUCUGGAUAAGGUGAUAAAAUUGCUCUUUCAGAUCAUGGUGAUGCUUAAUUUCACCAUGGGGAAGUAGUGUGGACCAGUCCUCUAACACCAGAUUGCCAGUUCUUCUUGGAUUUCCUUUUCGUUCUCAAAUGAAAUCUUGAAUUUGAGAAAUCUACAAGUAUCUGAAAACUGUGUGUUCCAGCACAAGGGGAUAUGGAAAUGGAUACUCUUCCUUCUCCUUAGGAGUGUAGGUGGAUGCUGCAAAUAGUCAAAAUCCUGACCUUUAUGACAGGCAUAAUGAGCAGUCUGUUCUGUUUGGGGAUGCCCUGCCUACACCAUGCUCUUCUAGGUAGGAAACACUAUGUUCAGCCUUUUUGGUUUUUCAAGUUUCCUUAAGAUUUUCCUGUACCCCUAAAUUUCAUUUGAGGGAAAUGCACGGUUGGUGAAGUAAGGGGGAAUCUGGCUGGAGACUUCAUGAUGUGCUGUGUAUUGAGUACAGCAUCUGCUGGGGGUAGCUGGAGUGUCUUGGAACCAGGACUGGGGGUGUUCCACAGAGCUCUGCUCAAAGGCUGCCCUGCAGAUCUGCAGCUUCUGGGGAUAUGGGGUGGGCUGCAGAAAGAGCCUAACUGCUUCUGGAUAGCUCCUGUUGAGGAGAUUGCUGUCCAGGGUCAUUUAAUAAAAAACCUUGAAUAGUGUGGCCAAGAGAAGGUCUUUCUUCCUGAGAAUUGUAUGUAUGAGAGCUUGUUGACUUAAUAAGCCUGUUUAACUAAGGCUUAUUCAGGAUUUUGGCCUUCCAGACGUAUCAAAAUAAAGAAAUGCAUGCUGUGACACUUGCUGACUUGGAAAUUCAAAGAACUUUCUCAACUGGCACAGUCAAGCAGGGCUUCAGAACAGUUAGCUGUCAUACAGAGUAUUUUUCUAAGGAUUUUGAUUUCCUUGCAGAAGAAGAAUUGAAAGGAAAUUACUUCAGACUAAUGUAUUUUUUAGUGGGAAGGAAUUAAUAGCUUGAUACUCAGUUUUCUUCUUUUUGUAGUUCCUUUUAAAUCUCUCUCUCCAUUUAUCAAUCUGCUUUCUCCUGGCAGAGAGAGCCAUGGUUCAAAAUACACAUUGUUGGCUGGGAAGAUCAUUUAGUUGGAAUGAAAUUCCUCUUGACUUUAUGCUAAUCAAUUUAUCAUUGAUUAUUUUAAUGUGCCUUUUUCUUAAGCUUCACAUAGUUAAAUCAGCUCAUCAUAAUAAGAAACCUGAAGCUAGAAAUUCUUCGAAAUAGAAACCACUCAACAGAAGAAUUCUGUGGUUAAUAAUUCUGAAAUAUGUUUCUCUAUGUAUUGGAAAGAUGAAUCCCUAUAGAGAUCUCUUCUCUCACCUGUGAAUAUAAGUAGUUAGAUAUUUUGUACUUAAUUUUGGUAUUGUAUUUUAUUAGCAGAAUUUCAUCAGUGCCAGCAUCAGUAAGGCAAAGACAAAAAGGCAAAAAGAAAUCAGGUUGUAAUAAUGGCUAAUGAAGAGAACUGUCGUGUCAGGCACUCCAAAUUCAGUGACUGAUAAUUCAAGCAGCUUCUACUUGCAUUUAGUAAUCAUAAGAUGCCUCUUUUUGCCUCUCCUUAGAGCCUUGCCUGUGUGAGGAUUGCCUUUAGGCCUUCCUUAAAGGCUUAGUUUUUCCAAAUGAAAGAUCAUAGAACAGAUAAUCUCAAUGCUUAGGCUUUGUGCAUCUGUCACCAUCUGACUGCACAGAAAAAUCUCUAAUAUUCCUAGGGUGUAUCAUGUCAGCAUUUGUACAGACCAUGUGGGUCUGAUAACUUACACUUUUUUCCCCAUGUUAAUUGCUCAGAGAUAUUUGAUGAUUAUGGUGUUUUUCUUACUCUUUGUCUUUCCUACGGAAACUUGUUGACUCUAAUCCAUAAAUCUCUAGCAGUUCAAUCCAACAAUCAGUGAUAAUCUCUCCACAAAACAACAACAAAAAGAAGAAACCUCAACUACUUUUGUAGCAAGUUUAAGGAAGUAGAAAUUCAUAUAAUCAUGAUUGUUUUCUAGAAAGUGUCUUUAAAAUCACAAAAAUAUAUAAGACCUCCCCCAUAUUUUUCUCAUCACCUAAGGGAAAAUGUUAGUGAUCUCUGCAGUCUGACCAGCCAUGGGACAGCAGUUGAUCUAGAAGAUAAAUCUUGGUUGGUGGUCUUCUAGGGUUUUUUGUUAAAACAUAUAACCUGGGCAAUAGCUUGAAAAAUCCCUUUAUGCUCUCUAAGGGAAAGUUUAAAAAUAGGUUUGUAUGUAGAAUAAUCAAUGCUAAAAUUUGUCAUUAUGGAUGAGAAUACAGUAAUGAAAUUACUGAAUACAGUUGGAGUUUUCUGAUGGUUUUUGAUGUAUUUUGUAAGCAUACAAGUUCCAGUGUAGCUUUUCCUUUUUCUUAAUGUCAAGUCAGUGUCUUCAUAAGUACAGAGGCAAAGCUGUCUCAAAAUAAGUAAUGCAUUGUCUGAUGACUGCUCUGUCAGAAAGUUAUGCCACUACAAAGGAAAGGACAGAUUACAACCAAAUUAAAAUGUUAGGAGUCAUAGUUGAAAUAUACUGUAUACCAGCAAAUUGUUAUGCAUUUACCUGUAAAACAGCAAGGUGCUACUAUUCAUCAGGGGGUUUUACUCCUUACAAAGCUGAAAAUACUUUAUUACUUGUUUCUGCAAUACAGUCGUUUGGUUAUGGCCCAUUUUUCCUGGGAUAUUCAUCUGAAAUUACCUUCUCUUGAUCAUUUCAUCAGUUCCUUUCUAAUAAAUAUCAAUUCUGAGACCUCUCCUGAAUGUUCAAUGUGUCCCUUUUCCACCUGUGUUCCCUGGAUCUGCUUUUGCAAAACAAAGGA